UAAGAAGGUUUCGUUAUUGUUACCCGUUAACAAAUCACUUUGGUCUUCUUUUGUUUCCAAUAUCCAGUGUUACCUAUCUAAUUUUCUUCUCCUCUCCCCACCCCAGUCUUAGUUCCUUCGAAACUCAAAUCAGAAAGUAAAUUACUUGAACAAAAAAGGAAAAUAUCGAGGAAUAGAGCGGUGAUGGUCGUGAGAAGAUGAAUGGGAACGCGGUGCUCGACGUUUGAUAGUUGUGCGGGCGAUUGCGGAUUGAGUUGACAGUUUUUGUAUUCGAGAUGAGCUCGUCUUCGGAAAGGAGCAAGUCCGCGUCGAGGAACGAGUGCGUCCAGGUUGUGGUGCGAUGUCGUCCGAUGAACGAAAAAGAGCUGAUGCACGGUCACGAGAACGUCGUCGACGUGUAUCCGACGAGGGGUGUCGUCGAGAUCUUCAACCCGAAAGAGGACGACAGGUCGAACGGGAAGAUGUUCACGUACGACGCCGUCUACGACCAGUCCGCGACGCAGCAAGACAUCUACGACGAAUCCGUCUACCCGCUCGUCAGUUCCGUCCUCGAAGGCUUCAACGGUACGAUAUUCGCGUACGGCCAGACGGGGACCGGCAAGACGUACACGAUGGAAGGGUGCAAGAUGGACGAAAACGGCAACAAAGGCAUUAUACCGAGGUCGUUCGAACAGAUUUUCACCCACAUCUCCAGAACGGACAACAUGCAGUACCUGGUGCGCGCCUCCUAUCUGGAGAUAUACCAAGAGGAGAUAAGGGACCUUCUCGACUCGAAUCCGAAGAAGAGAUACGAGCUGAGGGAAAGUCUCGAUACGGGGGUCUACGUCAAGGAUUUGCAGUCUUUCGUGUGUAAGAACGUUUUUGAGAUCGAGCGGGUCAUGACGUUAGGCAAUCAAAACAGAACGAUAGGAGCCACAAACAUGAAUGAACACAGCUCGAGGUCGCAUGCGAUAUUUAUGGUCACCAUUGAAAUGAGCGAUACUGGUUCUGAAAUAAAAAACCAAGUGCGGGUUGGAAAGCUGAACCUGGUCGAUUUGGCCGGAAGCGAACGUCAGACGAAGACUGGAUCCUCCGGUACCAGGUUGAAAGAGGCUAGCAAAAUAAACCUUUCGCUUUCAGCCCUGGGGAACGUCAUUUCCGCACUGGUUGAUGGGAAGGGGCAGCACAUCCCUUACAGGGACUCGAAGCUGACCCGUCUGCUGCAAGACUCGCUUGGUGGAAACUCAAAAACUCUAAUGGUGGCCAACAUUGGCCCGGCGAGUUACAAUUACGAAGAGAGCCUUACUACCUUGAGAUAUGCCAAUCGUGCUAAAAAUAUCAAAAACAAACCAAGAAUAAAUGAAGAUCCUAAAGACGCAUUACUCCGACAGUACCAAGAGGAAAUAACACGUCUCAAACAGUUACUGAAACAAUCCAGCGAUUCGACAAGUAUAAUUUCUAAAAAGAAAAAGAGGAAGAAGGAAGGGGAGAGCGAAGAGAAGACGCACGAAGAGAGGUUGAUCGAAGAGGAAGAGAGCCUGAAAAAGAAAGAAAAGAAACUUUUGAGCUACGAGAACGAGAUGCCCGAAAAUGAAAGGAAAGAGCUUCUUCAUGACAUCGAAAAGAGAAAAGCGCAGAUCCUCGAGGAAAAGAGAUACGCUGAAGAGCUGAACAAUAAGAUCAAUGCUAUGGAGAGCAAACUGCUUCGAGGUGGAAAGAACAUCAUAGAUCACACAAAUGAACAGCAAAAAGCAUUAGAGCAGAGGAAUAUCGAAAUAAACGAAAGGAAACGCAGGGAAGUUCAGAUGAAACAGAUGUUGGAAAUGAAAGAAGAGUCAAUGGAAGGGAUUCGAGAAACUUACGCUAGUCUGCAACAGGAAGUGGAGGCAAAAAAUAAUAAAGUCCGUAAACUUUAUCAAAAGCUUCAGAGUACAAGGCAGGAGAUCAAUGAUAUAAAUGAACAGUUCAAUUUCGACAGGCGAGAACUUGAAAGUCAUCACAAUGAACUGUUGCGAGACUAUAAAUUGAGACUAUUGAUUAUCGACAACUUCAUCCCCCCUGAAGAAAAGAAGCGCAUAUCUUCGAGGCUGUUUUACGACGAUGAAGAGGAUGCUUGGAGACUGAUGCCAGAGUCGGAGCCGACCAAAAUUUUGACCCGCCUUGUUGCUAACGGAUCCGAGAGAAGGCCAUUUUCAGAGUAUGCCAGGACUGCUAGAGCCAUCGGGCUGAAUUACAGGUACAAAGGUGAAAACAUAGUCGAACUCGAGUUGGAUCAACCUCACAGAACGACAAAAGACUACCGUGGGCCAGCUGUUGCUCCUUCCGUCCUUUCUGCUCUAGAGGCUGCCUUAAAAGGGGAAGAGGACAUAGAUGUAGAUGCAUCAGCUGCCUCUCUGAAAAACUCAAAACGCCCUAAAACUCCUUUUACAUCUUCAAGGCCACCUUCAAGUAAACCUAUGUAUCCAAAAACUCGUGGUCUUGUGCCAAAAUAAAUAUAUAAAUAUUUUAGUCAA